AGACACCAUCGUCUUCAUCGCUAAGCAAAACACACACACACUCUCUCUCUCUCUCUCUAAACUCGCUCGCUCGCUCGCAUAUGCUGCUCCGCUGGGUUUUCUCCGUAUUGACUUCGGUCGUCUCCUGAACCCUCUCCCCUCCGCCACAACCGAACCCGAUCGUGGUCUCCGCAAGCCUCGCGAUUCGAGCUUUUCAUAAAACUUCGACCAUGUCGGCAAUGACGGACUCGGAGUCAGAUAGCAUGCUGGAUGACGGUUGCUUGUUGAGUGAUAAGGACAACGUUUCUGAAGAGAGUGGUGGUUGGACCAUAGUCGAUCAAAUGGAGUCCUUGGACCUGAAUGGCUGGUUCAGUGAUUGGGAAUGCUGUUCUGAUGGGAGUGAUUCAAUUGGACAAGGAAUGCAGUCCUUGCACCUCAAUGAAGCGGUAGAAAUCUACCAUCCUGAACGCUUCGUUCAUCAAAGGUUGAAUCCUUCUGCAGAAUUCACCAGAAGGAUAAGGCCGCCCAGGGUAACUUGCAUUGAAGAGGUAGUAAGGGUGCAUGUUCUCCCUUUGCUUCCUGCCAAAUCGUUGUGCAAAUUCAGAGCUGUUUGUAAAGGAUGGAAUCAAUGGAUUUCGAAUCCCUUUUUAGCCCACCAGCAAACCAUGCAGUUCCGACGCAUCUCUGGCUUCUUUUGCCAGAAGCCUGGUUUUUAUUUCUACUUCAUUCCUCUGGACCCACCGACGCGUAGCAUGCCAGAUCCAUAUCUUACAUUCAUGCCCACGCAUGUCAAUAUCCGCUCCAUUUGCAGUGGCUUGCUUUGUGUCCAAGGAGUCGAUGACAUCUAUUAUAUUUGCAACCCUGUGACAAAGAAGUGGAAAAUGCUUCCGAAUCCAAGUUUCUAUCAUGGACCUGGAACAGCGGUUUCCCUCGCCUUCGAGCCCUUGAUGUUUAACUUCUCCCAAAAUUUUGAGCUGGUUUGUGCGGUUCCGGUACCUGGUUCGGGAAUUGUAGUAUUUGAGAUUUUCUCAUCAAGGUCAAGGUCCUGGAGGGCCUCAGAAGACUUAUGCUUUGAGCUGGCAAAUGCAACAUUCAUUGGCGAUGGAUACUAUUGGGGUGGAUCUGUUUAUUGGGUGGUUGACUGUGGGGUAAUACUUGUCUUCAAUCCGAGGAUCGAGCAAUACAGUAUUAUGCAAUUACCUGUUGGAACCAGUACCAAUGGUAAUCUGACUGAGAUGCAUGGGGAGUUGUGUUAUAUGGUGGCCCUCGAAGAAGGCUCUGAUAUUGCUGUACACAUAUAUGGGGUAAUGGACAUGAGCUCGAGGUGUCGGAUCUGUAUCCCGUCGGCAUGUUCUGGAAACCCGAGGCAAGUUCGCCUUAUGGGUUGUGUUGACGGGGAUGUCCUCGUGGUGUGCAUAGGAAAUGUCGUGAUAUCGCAUCGUGUCUCCACAAGAGAAACUCGGAUGUUGGGCACAGACAAGAUGCUUGAAGGAUGCACGGUGAUGAGGUAUCUGCCCUACGUGAACAGCCUGGUAUAUGUGAAUGAGCUCCCUGAGCCCUACGACCAUCGGGAGAGCAUGGAAUGCUAGGCUCAUGUCCCUUUUUUGGCGUUUUCUCUUCCCUAUUAGUGUCACGGGCCAAGACUCGAGAAUUCAGAUCCUGACAUUAGCUGUUACUAAGUUCCUGGUGUUUUGAGAACCCGUUUGAAUUUUCUGUAGAUUUGAGAUCCCACUUGGGCUUGUGCAAAGAUUUCAAACUUCUGUCAAUGUGUCUGAUGAUAACUCUAGUACCUCUGGUACAUGUUUCGGGGACUAAUCUUAAUGUUCGAUACCGUCUUUCUGCAUAA